ACCUGCUAUCGCUCACUCCCCUCGGCGUUUCCCUUUCCAAGAAGUGGCGAGGCGCCCUCGAGGCUCUCGCUGCAGCUUCCUUGACGAGCCGAUCUGGGGCGCCCUUUCCCCGGGAGGAGCAGCUGCUGACGCCUCUCUCUGCCCACGCCACUUCCCCGCGGCGAUUUGCAGCCAGCCGGACCAGUUCGGCUGCUCCGGGCGCAGUAGUCCUAGCUGGAGAGCGGGGAAAGCGGAGGGAAGGAGCGGCUACGACGUGGAUUCCUGCCUGGGACGUCCAGCCCCGCCGGAACUCGCGGCUGCUGCUACCGCCACCUACCCAAGUCCUCCCCGGGCACCUGGUCCGCCGCCUCUGCCGCAUGAGGCUCUCUGGGCUGGUUCCUUGCCGCCGGGUUAGCUGUUCCACGCAAGUCUUCCGACGCCAGGGCCCACAGCCCCUUCCUCUUCCUCCCGCCGGGGUCAUGAACGCCUCGCUGGGGAACCAGACGGACGUGGUGGGGCUCUUCCUUGCCAACAGCAGCGACUCUUUGGAGAGGGUGCUGCGCUCCUUCACGCCGCGGUCGGUGGUGACCGACGACGGCUUCGUGGUGACCGCGCCGGACGAGAGGAGCCUGUACAUCAUGCGCGUGGUGCAGAUCGCCGUCAUGUGCGUCCUCUCGCUCACCGUCGUUUUCGGCAUCUUCUUCCUGGGCUGCAACCUGCUCAUCAAGUCCGAAGGCAUGAUCAACUUUCUGGUGAAGGACAGGCGGCCAUCCAAAGAGGUGGAGGCGGUGGUGGUGGGGCCCUACUGACCUCCCCUACCCCCUCCGAAGCCCUGCGGAGCCCGCCUAGCCACGCCAGGACUUCGACGGUGCGCACCAUGUUGGUGCUUUCGUCGGAAACUCCUCUCUCGGCUAUGGUAUGAUAUCUUGAGUUGAGAUGGGGUAGGGUGGGGGGCGAGGAGGAAACGACCGGCUACCCCACCAUCCUCCUCCUCCCCCCUCUCCCUUUCCCCCUCCGUCAGGGGCACCCAGAGGACCGGGCAAACUUCGCAAGAGGGAGCCGAACUGUGCUGAACUCCGCAGGAAGCGAAGCGCUGGGACUGUUUACAAAGGCACGCG